AUGCCUCCUCCACCGCAUACCAAGCCCGAGAACGUGCUCAAGAGAGCGCAGGAGCUCAUCGCAGUCAACCAGAAGCAGUCGGCUCUGACUAUCCUCCACGAGCAUGUCACCUCCAAGCGCACCCGCAACAGCACCAUCGCCUCUCUGGAACCCGUUGUGCUCCUGUUUGUCGAACUUUGUGUUGAGUUGAGAAAGGGCAAGGCUGCCAAGGAUGGUCUUUACAACUACAAGAACACCUCGCAAAACACCAAUGUCGCCACUAUUGAGCUCGUCUUCAAGCGCUUCAUCGAACUCGCCGAGUCGAAGGUCUCCGAGGCCCAGGCAAAGGCUGAUGAGGUCUCUUCCGCAGCAGAGACAUCCGCCGACCUGGCCAAUGUUGGUGAUCUCGAGGCCAGCGAGACACCUGAGUCCAUCCUCCUGUCGACCGUUUCUGGAGAGCAAGCCCGCGACAGAACCGACCGCGCCAUCGUUACUCCCUGGCUCAAGUUCUUGUGGGAGACCUACCGCACCGUUUUGGACAUCUUCAAGAACAACGCCAGACUCGAGGUUAUGUACCAGACUGUCACCCUCCAGGCCUUCCAGUUCUGUCUCCGCUACGCCCGCAAGACCGAGUUCCGCAGACUGUGUGAGCUGCUACGCAACCAUCUCCAGAAUGCCGCCAAGUACUCGUCCCAGAUGCACGCCAUCAACCUCAGUGACCCCGACACUCUCCAGCGCCAUCUCGACACUCGCUUCCAGCAGCUGAACGUUGCCGUCGAGCUCGAACUCUGGCAGGAGGCCUUCAAGUCCGUCGAGGACACCCACACUCUUCUCUCCUUGAGCAAGCGUCCCGCCAAGAACGUCAUGAUGGCCAACUACUUCGAGAAGCUCGCCCGUAUUUUCCUCGUCAGCGAGAACUACUUGUUCCACGCCGCUGCCUGGAGCCGUUACUGCAACCUUCUACGCCAGUCGGCUGCUAUCAUGAACGCUGGCCAGGGCCAGAAGAAGGACAACCCCUCCAACAUCGGUGAUGCCGACCUUACCAAGGCCGCCUCCUUUGUCGUUCUGUCCGCUCUCGCUAUCCCUGUCAUUAGCACUUCCCGCUCGCGUGGCGCUCUCGUCGAUGUCGACGAGGCCAAGAAGAACAAGAACACCCGUCUUACUAACCUUCUCGGCAUGUCCGCACCCCCUACUCGUGACAUUCUGUUCAAGGACGCCAUCAACAAGGGUCUCCUCAAGCGUGCCAGACCCGAGAUUCGUGAGCUGUACAACAUCCUCGAGGUUGACUUCCACCCUCUUUCCAUCUGCAAGAGAAUCUCCCCCAUUCUCACCCAGAUUGCUGCCGACCCUGAGAUGAAGAAGUACGUCCUGCCUCUCCAGCAGGUUAUCCUUACUCGCCUCUUCCAGCAGUUGUCUCAAGUUUACGAGACUGUCGAGCUCAAGUUCGUCCUUAACCUUGCCCAGUUCCCCGAGGAAUUCCAAAUGACCCCUGCCGCCAUUGAGAAGUUCAUUAUGAACGGUUGCAAGAAGGGUGACCUCGCCAUCCGUAUCGAUCACGCCACUGGUGUCUUGACUUUCGAUUCGGACGUCUUCUCGUCAGCUCGUGCUCUUCACCCUGGCAGCGGCUCUGGUGCCGCUGGCUCAGAGGUCGUCCAGCGCUUGCAGAGCACUCCCGCUGAGAUUGUUCGUUCUCAGCUCACCCGUCUGUCCAAGGCUCUCUACAUCACCUGCCAAUAUGUCGACCCUACCUUCAACGAGGAUCGCCAGAAGGCUAAGCAGGCUGCCCUCAAGCGUGCUGAGGCUGGCGCUGAGAAGGAGCACCUCGACACUAUUGCCCGCUCGGAGGUCAUCCAGAAGAUGAAGGAGUCCGCCGCCAACGCUUUGGCUGCCAAGGAGCGUGAGGAAGCACAGAAGAAGAGACUCCGUCAACAACAACUUCAGGAGGCUGAAGUCCAGCGUCUGGCUGACGAGCAACGCGAACGUGAGGCUCGUCGCAUCAGACAGGAACAGGAGAAGGUUCAGAGAGAGGAGAUGGAGCGUCAGCUUAAGGAGCUCAAGCAGGGUGUCAAGGGUGUUGAUAUUGAUAGCUUCGAUAUCAACGAGCUCGACACUGGCCGUAUCCGCCAGAUCAAGCUCCAGGCUCUCGAGAAGGAGAAGAACGAGAUGAGCGAGAAGCUCAGAUUCACCGCCAAGAGAAUCGACCAUCUUGAGCGUGCCUACAGAAAGGAGGAGCUCAAGCACCUGAGCGCUGACUACGACACCCAGCGUGAGCGCGAUUUGGCCGCCUAUGAGAAGACCAAGUCCGAGACUCUCAAGGAUGCCGAGGAGAAGCACAAGGAGGCCGUUGCCCUCAAGCACCGUCUCAGCCGUCUGGUGCCCGCCUAUGAGAAGUUCAAGCGCAAUGUCACCGAGCAGCGUCACGCCGAGUUUGAGAAGCGUCGCAAGGUCGCAGAGAAGGAGCUCAACCAGAAGAUGGAGCAACGCCGUCGCGAAGUCAAGGAGCGCAUGGCUCGUGAGAAGCAAGAGGCUGAGGAGGCUGAGGCCAGAGCCCGUGAGCAAGAGGAGAGAGAGGCAAGAGAGGCCGAAGAGAAGGAGCGUGCCGAUGCCGAGAAGAGAGAGAGAAUGGAGAAGGAGAAGGCAGAGAGAGUCAAGUCGAGAGAGGAAGCCGCUGCCGCUGCCGAAAAGCAACGCCAACGCGAAGAGGAAGCAGAGGCUCGUCGUGCCGAGCGCAAGCAAGCACCUGCCGCCGCCGCAGCACCUUCCCGCUGGGAGAGAUCCGGCGCACCUACACCCGCCGAGCCUGCCGCUUCUUCAGGCGAGAGACCUCGUCUCAACCUCGCCGGCUCCAAGCCCACAUGGCGCGAGCGCGAGGCCGCAAAGGCCGCUCAAGGCGGUGUAUCACCCGCUCCUGCCUCGCCCGCACCUCAAGCCGAAUCGGCCGCUGCACCUCCCGCCGCACCCCCAGCCGACGAGCGUGUCGCCACCGCAGAGGCAGCCCUUCCUAAGCGUUCGGGCUACGUUCCUCCUCACAUGCGUGGUGCCAGCGGUGCCGCUCCCUCCUCCGACUCUGCACCUCCCGCCGCCGCACCUCGCGAGCGCUGGGCCCCCAGAACCCCCCGCGGUGAUGGCGAGACCCCUCCUCCCGCUGCUGGCGGCAGAUACGAGCCUCCCUCUUCCCGCGGCGGUUCUUCCUCCGGCGGUGCCUACAGACGUGGUGGCUUCGGCAGCAGAAACUAG